AUGGCCAAAUCAAAGAACCAUACCAAUCACAACCAGAGCAAGAAGGCCCACAAGAACGGCAUUAAAAAGCCCAAGGCCGGCCGCACGACUUCGAUGAGGGGUGUUGACGCUAAGUUCCGUCGCAAUGCGCGAUUCGCUAGCGCUGGCUCGUACAAGGCCCGUCUGGAAGCAAAAACCGCUGCGGCAGCAGCAUGA